AUCAAUGUACAUGGAUCAGUUAUCAGAUUAUAUUAUAUCAGGAUCAAUCAUUCAAAUACAAGAAACUGUUGGACAAGGUGAAUUUGGUAUAGUGUAUCGUGGUGUAAUGACAAAUAACCCUCAAUUGCCAAAAGCUGUAGCUGUGAAAACAUUAAAAGGUUUUUAUAAAGCGAGUGAUAUUGAUUCUCUAUUGGAUGAGUGCAUUAUAAUGAUGUCAUUUGAUAAUUUAAAUGUAUUACCACUGAUUGGUGUGUGUCUUGAUCUUGGACCAGCUCCAUACAUUAUCAUGCCUUUCAUGUCAAGAGGAAGUUUAUUGUCUUACCUCAAGAAAGAGAGGCCUAAUCUUACAGUAGCUGAUACCAGUGAAGAGGAUAUUAUACUGAAUGUCAGAAAACUGUUACUCUCCAUUUGUUUACAAGUUGCCAAAGGAAUGUCUUACUUAGCUUCCCACAGGUUCAUUCAUCGUGAUCUUGCAGCUAGAAAUUGCAUGUAAGUCUUUGUUGUUCUACUCCAAGUUUUUUAAUUC